CAGCAUCACAACAGACACAUGCACACAUCGUGCUCCUGCUGCUGCAUGCAGCUCGGGAGACUUUCACCCAUUCAUGGAUACUGACAGUACAUGGCAACUGCUGGGAAGUGUUGAGAGCAACAGCAGCGGCAGCCACCCUGGCAUUGACAACACCAGACACAGCUUCAGAGUAAACCCUUGUCGCGUCAAAAGCACCAGCAGCAGUCAUCACACACACGCUGCGAGCGCCACUGCCGCCAGCAUUUCUCGCAUCGUUAUCCCAGGACAGCAGGUCUAAGAUGGGCUGUUCUUCCGGUCGCCAGCCCCCGGCCCUUCACCCGGACCUGGACUGCAGCAACAACAGCGAGGCCAACAGCUUGCCCCAGGACUCUGAGAAUCAGAAUCAAGGUCUGAAUGGCCUCGGGGAAGGGGAGAGGAGCAUUGGAAGGGACCCUGCCAAACCUCCGGAGACUCUCCACACGCUGGAGCGGCUGGCCCAGGCUACAGGCGGGACGGAGAAGUCCUGGUAUCGCUGUGUGUUUCCGUUUGGUGUGAUUUCCCUAGUGAUUGGCAUGGCCGGCACUGGGGUGACAUUUACCUUCAACACGCUGCUCCAGACCAAAGUGGUGUCGCUGGCACUGCUCUGUGUUGGCGUAGUGAUGCUGAUCGUGGCCGCCGUUUGCUGGAGGGCCCACAGACUGCGGAGGAGGAAAAAGAAGGAAGGUGGAUACUUCACCGUUGAUCAGGGCACUUUGUGAUGGAGGGCGGACUGAUCCGUGUUAGUCCCGACAGAGCACUUCGAGUAGGAGCUUCAUGAAUGAGAAGGACAAGCUCAAUAAGGAGAAGGAGAUGUAGGGACAUCUGAGCGUUUCCCCUCGGCACCAGGGCAGAGGGCGAAGACGGCAGAGGAGUUGGAUUAUGUUGAAAAUAUUAUUGUACCGCGGAAACUUUGCGACAGUGAUUAGCUAUUGGGAAAAUGCCACUUUAGCAAAGGGAUCUUCACCAUCCUGAGCAAAUGCAAAUGGAUGAGCAUGCUUCACUCUAAAAUUACCCCUCACCUCUUCUGUUGAUUCCUUUUAUGGAUUUACCUGAGGAUCCGGUGGAGCCCAGUGCACGUUAUAGAGCGCUCCGAGGCUGGGCUCCUUGUGUGAGGGGAAAUGUAUGAGAAAUAGGCAUCUCGGGAACAGUUAUUUGACAACUCCUGAACCUCUGUCUGCAGCUUGACACUGCACAAUCUCCUUGUGUGAGACGGGAGGUGUUACAAACACGUCUGCCUGCCCGGAACAUCUGCACCAGCUUAUCAUCAAAGUGAUCGCAGCCGCGUGCUGUUGGUUUGUAGAGAGACAAUACGUCCCGCCAAUGGAAGAGAAACUCACAAGCGCAAGUGUGAAACCUCGGCUUAGCUCGCAGUGACGGAAACAUAAUUUGCCCUCCCUGACAAAACCACGGUGGUGGUGCCCUUUUGCACGCACAGCACUUUGCCUCCAACUGCUCCAGUGCAGCUGCUCAUCAGGCGGCAAGCGGCAGACAGGGCGGCGCAAAGUGAGAGGUCGCUCCUGAAAAGGAAGUUGUGAAUCAGGCAAAAUCCUGCAGAAAGAGCUGCCGUGCUGAGGAAGUUUUCACAGGAUUCUGUACACAUGCGGCCUCCCUCUCUCAUGUCCCGCGUGUUUCCGUCUACAGUCCAAUUGAGCGUGAUCGAAACACAAAGGUCGACACUUGUGUCUCCUGCCAUCAAGCUGUGCGAUGGAUAACCACGAUCCAGCUGUGCUCGAUCAAUAGAACGCGCUACUCCGAGAGGUAUUACACUUUAGCGGUAAUGGGAUACAUUUUGAGUCCCUGCAGACAAAACUGCUCUCCCCCAGCAAUUUGGACUCGUCACUUGAGCAUCAAUACGACAAGAAAAUCCCGUUACUAACACACCACGGUGGGCACGGACCAACAAAGAGAAAUUGUACCCAUACCCGCCUGAUUCCUCUGAUCCUCGCCCUCCUGCUGAGGCGAACACAGGCGACACCGUUUGACAUUUAUGUGCGAGCGGUGAGGGAAAACAAAAAAAUCAAUUCUGCCUUUCUUUGUACCAAGCUGUCUCCAGCUCUGCGCGGGAAGGGGUUUACAAUGUUGUUCAUAGAGGUGCCUGGAUGUGAGAAAUGGAUGUUAAAUGAACUCUUCCCCGGGCGCAAGAGGCUCAACCAGAUUUAACCUGUCGUUCCUUGUAAAAUCAAGGGGGUUCUUUUUCUCCCUCUUAUUUGAGGAGCGAAAAAUGUAGCAGUAAGGACAGCCACCUUAGCUAUAAUAGUGGUUGGUCCUUAGCAGCCGGUGGUGUGGUUUUUGAGGAAGACCCAGGAGCUUCUUUGUCAGCUGAUCUUGUAUACAAGAUUUAUAAUACUUGUAGACUGAUGAUAAGUGGUCCAUUUUUUUGCAUGGAACUACAUCAGUUACCAUGCGGCGCAGCAACUGUCGAAGUGUGUUUGUGUGCAUGUGCACUGUACACACCAGAGCGACGCAACAUUUUUUCCUUUUUUCUUUGGUUUCCCCCACAUCCGACUGAAUUAUUACUAUACUGAGUAUUCUUAUAAGUCACAUAUCGCAAAUACUGUAGGUACUGUGUUUAACUACGAGUGUAGCCACAUUUCUGAAUGUACCUCCAACAGUGAGUGUCUUACGAACAUCCCUGUACAGACUGUAACGAUUAUUUAUGUAUCUUCUAUUUUGAGUCGACAGAGUAAAUUCAGACAUGCAGUCCACUCUGUACCAAUUUGAGGCAUGUUGCCGUCACUAUGGUUUUCUAUUUGUUUCAAUAGCUCUUUGGUUGUGAUGAUUUGAAAGUGUGUUACAGUGGGUUUCAAUUGUAAUUGUUUCAUUCCAAAAUUAAAGCUCCUAAUUAAAGCUAUUUUUUAAAUACUAUUUUUUAAUAUCUAUACAAGACUUGACAAAUAUCCUUAGUUUUGGAAUGAAACUCUUCAGUUUGCUUCAGUGAUUCGCUUGAGUUUUAUUGGCAUGGCCCGGCUUUUCUCUGAGUGCCUUUUACUUGCGACAUCAAUAUUUCUCUGUAAGGUGCAGUUAAUGUAAGCUGUGCAGGCGUACAGCAGGCUAGUGACAGCGCAGCUAUAGAGAGGCAGAAAUAUUUCCUGUGUUUCAGUGUGAAUGUUUCAGUGUACACGACGUGAGUUUUAGUCACAAUUCCUUUAGUAAAAACACAGAAAUACCAAAUAUAUAUAUCAAGAAGCUUAUUUUUGUCUCUUUUUAAAUGUGUGUGAGAUUUUACAUUUGUUGUUGUUGUUUACAGGUAUCAGACGAAGAGCUGAAUUAAAUGCAAAUGUUUUGGAAAAA